AAAAAACGAAAGGAAAACAACAUGGCUGCAGCUGUGAAAGCUUUGGAUGAAAUAAUAAAGGAGUAUUUAUUAUUUCGUGGAUUUACAAACACUUUGAAAACAUUUGAGGCCGAAUUGAAACUUGACAAAGACAAGAGCUUUCGUGUGAGUAUUCAAGAAAACGUAUUUGCAAGUUUGCGCCAUGAAAUUAAAUACUAUAAUCCACCAGGACUAGGUGGUUUAGAGAUAUAGUUGAAAUAUAAUAUGGGAAAAUGAACUGUGUAUUUUAAUAAGUAAAUCUGUAGAUGUUACAUGUUAAUAUUAUUGCUCCCAACGUGCGUGCAUCUAACUAUUUCAGACUAUAAAAAAUGCCAUUUAUGUAAAUGUUGAUAUAUGUGUUACUAUAUUAAUAUAUCAUAAAUAACAGAUAGCAUUGUAUUGAAGAUUGGCUCACAUAUGAACAUGAGCCGAAAUAAUAAUGUGAUCGUAGAACCGGUCAAAUGCUCUCGAAGUUUCUAGUUGAUUUAUACUAUGACGGAUUAUCAUUUCUGCUGAUUUAUUAAAGUUCGUUCAAGACAGGUUGUCUGUCUGAUAGAUCAGCCAUCUUGGUGUGAGCAUGUAGCAUGAAAGAUACAUACGAAGUAGCUAGAAUGUCAUCUAAACUUGAAAUGGUGCUGAAAACAAAUAAUUUCCCGAUACCUUGCAAUAUGGCCUAAUACCAUAUUUAUCGACAUAGAUCCAUCAAGAUCCCUUGACAGAUAAUCAGUCUGUUCGCCAUGUUUAUACAUAUAGGUGAAAUAUCUUUUCAUUGUAAUAAAAAAAUGCACCUUUAAAUGUUAGGCAGCAUCAGGAAUAUAUAGGACAGCUAAGGCAAAGAUCAUUGGUAUUACCAAAACUGCAAAUGCACGUGUUACAGCUACCUGAAAAAUGACUCGCAAUAAGUUGCUUUGGCCCAGAAGAAGCAUAUGUGGGUUUGGUAAUAUUUGGCAAAAUUAUUUAUCCUUCCCUGAAUAGGCAGUGUCCAUUGGAAUUAUUGCACAAACAUCUUAUAUGUAUUAAACAUGCCCUUAAUUUUCAGGUCAACAAGAUAGUAGAGCAAUUCAUCACUUUUGUUCAAUACUAUGAUCUUCAAGGAAUUCGGGAGUACUGGAGUUAUUUAAAGAGAAGGUUUUUCUCUCGAUUGGAUAGCGUGCAUCUUUAUAACGCACAUAAACUGGAGAAAUGUUUGUAUCGAUUUUAUUUGGUAAAUGCCGUACAGACAUCAAGACCUGAUAAAGUGACUGAUUUCUUUGAGAAAAUGGCACCAGAACUUCAAAAUCAAGCAGACUGGAAGGAAUGGUUUGGUAAUAACAUUUUAAAAUUUAAUUUAAUGAUUAUUGUGUAAUAGUCUCACUGAGAUGGGUAGAGUCAUGGAGUGUUUAAUUGACCUAUUGAGCACCAGUGCCCCUUGACAAUUAGUAAAAUUGUCUGGUAUUAGACAGAGUAAAAUAACAAAGUAGGGUGCAUUAGGGCACAAUGCAACUUAAUGGUUAAAAAUAAGCACGUCAGCUGCUCCAAAACCCAUCCCACAUACAAGAGGGCAUAUUUUGUUUUAUAAAUGCCAAUGCUUGAAUACAUGUAUGAUUCUGGACAAACUAACAGACAAUUAAACUCAGGCACCGAAUAUAAAGCAAUGUCUGACGUUUUGGGCAUCACAAUUGUACUAAUAUAAUAUUUUACUUAAGGUCAGAUAUUUCAACAUUUUGACGUUUUGAUUCUUUGCAGUGUUGCCAUUUCUCAAGAGUCCGGAACAGAAUCCAAGUUUAGACAUGUAUUUCUCAUCAUUGUGGCAGGAAACGUUUCCACUAUCAUUACAUAAUUUUCUAAAUGCAAUAUUUCAAAGUAUGCGUAUCCUGAAAACAUUAACAAAUUUAGUUUUAGAAAAGUAGAAUUAGUGUUCAACUGUGGUCUUCAUAUUUUAGGUUAUAUCAGGUUAAUCCUCAUGUUAGAGAAAUAUCAGUGUAUUAGAGAGGUGUGGGAGGUGCCUUCAUAAUGGCUACAGAGAGCAGUGUUUAUGCUAGAGAGGUUACUGUUUUGGCAAGGACUGUCUGUUAAAGAUGUGAUCUGCUUAUGUCUUUGAUCUGCUUGAUGUCUUUCAAUUCUAUUAGAAAUAUGUUCAUCUUAUGGAAGUGUCCAUAUUGGAGAGAUCUGUCUUAAAUAGGUGCCAUUGUUAGAGAUGUGUGCUUGUGUCCUUUUUAGAAAGUAGCCCAUGUUAGAGAGUGUCUCUGCUGUAGACUAUGUUACUGUGUUAGAGAUAUGGCCAUCUUUACAGAGGUGUGCAACCUGUGGUAGAGCACACCUUAGAGCUCUAAUUAAGCGAUAUCUUAAAUACGUCGAAAAAGUCGAAUUUCGCUCUGGUGAACCUAGCGUGGGAAAGGCUAAUUGCUAAAUUGAUGAAUGUGCGUAUAGAACAAUAUGUAUUUUCCUUAACAUCUCCCAAGCAUUGCCCCGCUUGCUCAAGUUUGAUGCAGAAAGAAUUAUUUCAGAGAAACUGAAACAAGAUAACAACCAUCUCCACAAGAAGAUCGUGAUUCUACAACAAGAACUAUCUAUACUGCAGGAAAAUAAAGAGAAGAAACCAGCAGCAAAAGAUGUCGAUCCUCAACCAAGGUAUGAAUUAUCUACGACACACAUGGAAACUAAGGUCGCUCACAAACGUCGCGCUUCUCAUGUGCCGAACGCAUUAGAAACAGCAGAUAAUGAGCUGCAUUUCAGCUGAUUAUCUAUUGUUUUUAAUGCGUUCGGCACAUGAGUGCCAUGGUUGCCAGAGGUUCUCGUAUCUUUCGCCUUAUUCCCGCUCGUAUUUAUUUUACGUGAGGCGAAGAGAAAAAUAGAUACGGGCGGGAAUAAGGCGAAAGAUACGAGAACCUCUGGCAACCAGGGUAGCACAUGAGAAGCGCGACGUUUGAAACACGCCUAAGAAUCUGACAGACUAAAAAUCCCAAUUGUUGAAAGCUCUAAACAAAUGACGUCUCCAUUACAACGAACAUCAGACACCAUUCUAAUUAUACAAACUGAAUACAUGCAAGUAAAAAUAAACGUCUGUAUAUUAAACAGACAGUUGGACCAAAAUUUAAUGAGAUGUUAUAUAAUACAAUUGGACUAGCCAGCAUGCUGUAACUGUGAAAUACCAUGGCGUUAAACUGAAUUUUUCAGACCGAAAUCGGCGGUUAAAGAAACAAAAGCGAAGGAAAAAGAGACGACAUUUAUUCAAAGACGAUUUCGCAAGAACAAAGAUAGUCAAGAAAAGCGAAAAUCACAAUUGUUGGAACAAGAAACAACACAAACUGAAAACUCGCAAACAAAGACAACUGAAAAAACGAACAAUAUGGAGCAGGAAAAUAAAGAUUUUGACAUUCCACAACUUAACACAAAGUCCGAUAGUACACUGGACUCGACACAGAGUUCUGGAACAGAAUUGGAAAGCAGCAAAAACAGUGAGGAAAAGAAAUCGGACAGUCAGAGCUUACAAAAUAGCUCCAUUCAGGAAUAUGACGCGAAUUUAUCGCCGAUUAAAGCUGAUGAUUUUCAAUCAGAAAUAGAGUUUAAGGAAAAACGAAGCCAGUCAUUGACGUCCAAGAUAACAGCACGACGGGCGCCAAUAAGAAGAGCAAUCAGUAAUACAUCGCAGAAUAGUUACAGUAAGUUACAGAGGGAUAGGAAGUAGCUUGGGGAGAGGGGGUACUACGUCUUAAGCAAGCAGGGCCCCGCGCAAGCUCUUGGCGGCCUUGCUGGUGGAUACUUUAAGGUUUCACCAUUCAUCUGAUUCAUUCUAUGUGUAAUUUCAGGAGAAAUGACGAAUAUGUCAACUAACUCUGACAAUACAACCCUCAAAGGUAACAUAUAGAAUUCAAAAAUACCCUGGAUAAAAUGUUCUUGUGAAGUUAUAGCCUUAUAGGCCUUUCAAAUUUAUUCAAAAUAUUUUCCGUUUACAGAAAGUUCAGAGAAACCUUUUCUUGUUCUUGGCGAGGUAACGUUAUAUAUUCUGUCAACUGCAACAAUUUUGCUGAGCAUCAUAAGCAAACUUAUAUUUUUAAUUUGGUAAUGUUUGUAUCAAAUCAUUUUCCUUAGGAAACAUUCUCUGAACAUCGUUCGUCAAUUGUGCAAUGUGAUUUUUCUCCAAGUGGCAAAAUGAUCUCCAGUGUUGACUUAGAUGGGAUAGUGAAGUAUGUUUGAUAUACUGUUUAUUGCACCUUCAUCCAUAGCGCAUAUUGAGAUGUUUUAAUGGAGUCUUCAAUCAUUAAACAUACGCCUGCCUCAUGGGGUAAUGAAUAAAAUCCAGCGACAAAUGCCAUUUGUGGUAGUGAAAUGUUGACACCGCGAUAAUGUUAGGUAUACCCUUUAAGGCUGUAUAGAUCAGUGAGCUCCUUCACCUAAUUUCACGGUCCUUUCACGAGAGCCAUGCCGCACUCACUAUUAGCUUGAAACCGAGUAAAACAAUACUACAUUGUAUCUUGUAGAGUUUGGAAACAUCAACCAACGUUAUCUACUGUUGCUACAGUCAUGACAAAAUCCUCAAUAUUGUGUACUGAAUGGGCGUCAAAGACUGAUAAAGUCGUAAGUAUGGCAUUGAUGUAGUGAGCAUACACUUCAAUAGUGUAUGCACUCUAUAUAUAACGGGAGUAAUGAUUUCAGUCAAAUGCCCGAAUGAAAAUGAAGCUGCAAAGACAGUGCAUAUUGCAUGCUCACGCAAUGAACCGAUGCGGACGUUCAAUGUCCACUUUUGAGGAUUCGUUGUCUGUGCCUAACAUAUUCCUCUAGGUAUUAAAAUGGUUCAAUAACCUGUGUUUUAGUUAUUGUUGGGCACCAGCAAUGGUAAAAUACGUUUGUACGAUACGGAAACAAAGACUACGCGUUGUGACUUGUCUACGGAGUCCAAUCACUCCAGGUUAGUAUAUAGUUCACAGGAUCUCAACCUUGUUCAAGUAAAAGGUAGGAGGAUAAGUUUAUUUGGAGUGAUAAAGAGUAAGAGCUGUGUGAAGGUUAGAGGAAUAUCCAUCUUCUCAAGGUUAGAGACAAACACGAGGAAACCAACGUUUCUAAUUGACCUUCGAAUACAUUGCUAAUUCAUAAUUAUUCAUGUUCUAAACAGCUAACUUAUAAAUACUGCCAGUCACUAAUUUUACCAUUACGAUCGAUAAUUUGCCUUAUUGAUUGUUUUCAAAAUAGUAACCGCUCAUUACAUGCAAAACUAGACAGCAAUAUAAGAAUUAUAACAUUCUUGGGGUGGAAUAACAUAGUGUGCUGAAUUUCUCAAACACGAGUUUAAGUCAAAAAAGCUAAUGAACACUAUUACUUCAAAUCCAAGAUAUUUAAGAUUUGAAGGAUACAAAUAAAAUAUCUUGCAGGCUAGAAAUGUGCAGGCUACAGUUUAUCUCCCAUCUGGGACUCAAGUACUUUUUUCUCCCACACUUCGUAAUUACGGUAUUAUGUGCCAGAAGCAAUUUUUUGCGUAAAAAGCGAUUUACGAAAAAAUACUGCUUUUGUCUGCAUGGAAAAGAUUCUUCAGUGUUUAAGCUAAAAUAUCAAUUAUUAAACAUCGUACCUUUUUCAUUGUAGAAUCGUCUCUCUGGCUUGCAGUCCAUUAGGUACAUCGUUUGUAUGUUCCGCCACAGUGGAACCCAAAUCUUCCAUGACGAUGUCUUCAGUGUUUAAACACGCACUACACACAGAUCAAGAUAAAAAUACAUCACUGCUGUUGUGGGAUCUCAAGACAAUGAAGUUAGAAGUAUGUUUAGUUUCUUUUCCUGUUCCAUUUCAGAAUUUUCCUUAGAGAUACAGUAUGAAAUAUGCUUUCAUGCUAAUAAUAUAUCAAAUUUUUUUAUAAUAUAUUAAAAAUAAUUAGCGAAAUUAAAAUAAAUUCAGUCCCAAAAAACACAAAAGACUUGUGUAAAAAUACGAUAAUCGCCUCGCCUUCGGCGAAUAAUUGUUAAAUAUUUUGUAUAAUUUAUCUAAUAUUGUGUUUUAGCGCCAUUUACCUCUGGGUGGCAACAUAACUCGUAUCAACUGUAUAGCUUACAAUCAUAAUGGGACAUUACUAGUUACUGGGGGAGCUGAUGGGGUGAUUAGGGUAUAUGGUGAGUAUAAGAGGCAAUUUUAUCUUCAGUGUGGAUAUGGAGUUUGUUACUUAUAUUAGGGAGCUUAAGCAAACGACGUUUUGUCAACACAGACGUCAGGUUGCCGAGGGAGGACCAUUGAACUCAGGGCCGUAGGGGGGGGGGGUUUUGGGGGGGUGGUUAACCCCCCCCCCCCAACUUUUGACAUAUUCGGAAAAUGGGAUGGCCAUUCGGAAAAUUACGGCAAUUAUAGUAUAUGGUUUUUGUACGAAAAUCAUGAGAUUCAGGCAAUUUUUAGCUAAUAUCUAACUUUUGGUAUGUCGGGAAAAAUUUUUUGACCCUUAAAAUGGUACACUGACCGAAAUUUUUUUGGCGACGUGGGGGGGGGGGGGGAGGUCGCCAAGAAUUUUCGAAAGUUCGGAAAUUUUCUUCGUCAUUCGGAAAUUUUUGGCCUACACCCCCCCAACUAUAAAUGCUAGCUACGGCACUGAAUUUGAACUAUAAAUAAACUGGAAGGCUAACUGCUAUGAUGAAGGCCUAUGAUUUGAUGAAGCCAAAAUAGUUUUUCUGAGUUAUGAGCAGAAAUACUUGACCCCAAACGUCGGGCUAUAUAUCAAAUUGAAGCUAUUGAAAAUUGCUAUUCGGUAUGGAAAUUUCAAGACUUCAGCGAAAAGAAAAAUAUUUAAAAAAUACAAAAACAACUGCAAAACGGCAAAUUAUCGGUAAUUAUAUUUGUAGUUUUUCAAUAUUUCCCUUUUAGCUAAAGUCUUGAAAUUUCUACACCAAAUAGCGUUUUUCAAUAGCUUCAAUUUGAUAUAUAGCCCAACGUAUUUCUGCUCAUAACUCAGAAAAACUAUAAUGCACUGGCUUCAAUUCCCCCCCCCCCCUGAGUUAGCCUUCCAGUUUAUUUAUAGUUCAAUGGGGAGGACUGGAUUAAAAACUCUGUUUAUGUCAGUUUGUUGUGAUUUUCAACACAUCUGACAAAACAUAAGAUUUUUAUCUUUUUUUCUCUUCCUUACAUGAGCGCUGAUGCAAAAUGCCGUCAAUAGCCGAAUUCAUAUUAGGGACGGGAAACUCGUCUUAGACGGGAAACUCGUCUGCGAAAACCCGUCUGAGUAUGAAUUUAGGGAAGGGUAAAUUCGAAUUUAAGACGAGUUUCCCGUCUAGACGAGAUUCCCGUCUAACUUUCCCGGGUAAGUUAGACGGGAAAGUUCAGACGGGAAACUCGUCUGCGCCCAGAUUCAUAUUAGACGAGUUUCCCGUCUGAGACGAGUUUCCCGUCUAAGACGAGUUUCCCGUCUCUAAUAUGAAUUCGGCUAAUGACUUCCGUGUCGAGAGAAACGUUGCUUGCUUCAGCUCAUUAUGAAUUAUUUCUUAUGUUCAGAUAAUCGAUCGUACGAUUGUCUAAUGAGCUGGUCAGCGCAUACAGGCCAAGUGAACUCAGUCCAGUUUAGUGUGGAUGAAACAUCAGUAUUUAGUUUGGGUCGAGAUAACCAGGUGAGUUCGGGAUAAACAUACUACUUCUGCAUGCGGUAAACAGUUUUGAGGUAGUUGAAAUUCAGGCACAAACAACGGCAGCUCAUUGUAGAAUACUACCUCAGCGUCUGGAUUUGGGGCGUCUACACCACUGAUCUACACUCGUUAGAACUCAUUGUAGAAGGGUUUUGUAGACGUUUUCGAGUUUUUUACAACUGUUCUGGUUAGGUCUGAUAGAUGUAUAAAUUCUCACAAAAUUUCAUCACCAAAACCCUUCUCCUACCUAAGUGGCUAAAUGGAAUCCCCCAUGUUAGGGCCUGUUCAUAUGGGGAAAAAUUAUCCCGGUUAGCGAGAAAACAUGUCGACAAGUUUACAAGCGAGAGCUCGCCUUGGUAUGAAAAUAAUAUGAAAAGUUCCACUGCGUUCAUACGAGACGAAAAGUUUUUCCGUGUACCGAGAUCUCGCUUGUUGACAGGCGAGAUCUUAGUAACCGGGAUGUUUUUCCCAUAUCAACACAACAUAGCCACAACUUUCGGUCAGCAACUUUUCUGGUUUUAAAAUGUAUUUAAAGUUUGUUUAACAUUUCCUGCCUUGUGCGCCACACCAGUGCUACGUCACAAGCCGGAAACUUUACCCGGUAAGCGGGAUAACUCAUAUGGACAGAACAAAAUUAUUUGGCUAGUCGAAAUGUUUUCUCGCCAACCGGGAUAACUUUUCCCCAUAUGAAAGGCCCUUAGAGAAAACAAUUCGUUUACCUGCUUCAGUAAUUCACAGUAAAUCUUCCUUUUCUGAUAUCACACAACUCGCUUUAGUUUCUGCAGUGGAGUUUACGUAAGAUGGGCCUCAAAACAGCCAGUAUUGUCGCACACGAUGGCAUGAGUGGACCACGUGAUCAUACAGUGAUGACGUCAUCAAAAGCCAAGCCAGCAUUGUUCAGUAGAUUGUUCACAUUCGACUGUAAAGGAGAACAUUUAUUAACUUGUGCACCAGCAUCAGGAAUUAUUUACAAGGUAUUUAACUCAGAACAUUGGGAAAUUGGGAAUACUGUUUUACGAGUGUAAAAUCUAAAACAUUCUUGCAUUGUUUUUCAGUACAAUCAAAGUGACAACGUGUUAUCACAAGUGUUUUCUAUUGGUGAAUCCAAGUCUCACGUGACCAGCGUAGAUUGGAACACUGCGGGAGAUUGUAUAACCUGUUUGACUGGUUGUCUCAAUGGACCUAUCUGUAUGACGACAUUGUUGAAACAAUGAAAUUCGUAACCACAGGAAGCCAACUAAGCUUUUUAACAAACUAAGUACUAGAAAGAGUUCAGCUAAAUAAUAAACAUACCAGGCCAAAACACCAAAGGGGCGAAACAGGACAAAGCAAACAUUCUCGUCUUUCUUCACACCUUGAUAUCUCUGUUCGCAGGCGAGAAUUUUCUCUAUCACUGCUGUUAGGCUAAAAACGUGGACUAUGCAAUGUUCUUCUCCGCCCCUCUAUAUUUCGCGAUAGGUAUGUUCCAGUUUUUUUCACAGCUAAUUACAAGUGGGCAACGAAAAUUUUAUCUAACAGAUGAUUUUUUUUUACAUCUUGGUUGAGCUCCUGUGGUUCAACCUGUAUCUUAAUAGUCUAACUGUAGUAAAUGACUCGUUGUUAUAUGCAACGUUUUCAAGCCAGCUGCAAAGGGCCUAUUAUUAAAUAAUCUUUGAACCUGAUAAUCCCUACAUGAUCAGUUAAAUUUAUAGUAAAAAAAUGAAAAUAUUUCACAAUGUAUA